AUGGAGCAGCUCCUUUCCAAACCGAACGUAGUGUACACGAAGGCCGACCAAUGCCAAUACGGACUCCGUGGAGAAUCUGGCCAACCCCAAAGAAAACGGACUGGUUUCGCCACCAACAGCCCCGAGAUCGCCAAGGCCCUGAACAUUCUAUGCCCUGGCAACCAUCAACAUGAAGUCAUCAUUGGUUGCAACAAGUCCAAGAAAGCACAGAUUUAUCCGGAAGGUCUUCGGGAAGCCAUCCUCGCGGCCUACUCACGCUCGAUUGGAGCUGAGGUGAGGAUGAUGAAGGAGACCAUGAACCGGAAGGCGAUGAACAACCAAAUGCACCACUACCUCUGGAACGUCGCUUCACCAUGGACCGACUUUUACAUCGAGCACAUGUCGGAAUGGGACAUCCAAGUCCGGACCGAUUUGCCCGUAUACUUAGGUAUCGAACAAAGGCACCACAGGAAAACCUUCCUCAACCUCCUGCAGCAGAAGAUCUGCGAGAACAAGAUCACGACGAACUUCCUGCUGAAGAAGGACCAGGAGAACAACUAG